GGGGUCUCCAAUAUUGCGUGCUUCCUGCGCUCCGACUCGGACUCUAGAGACUUCUCAGAAGGCUAUCAUCUCCAGCCGCUCCCCACACACUCAUGCAGAACAUCUCUUGCUGAGCGACCACCAUCAUGGCCGACCUCGACGAGAAAAAGCCGUUCGAGAAAGCGAGGCAUUUGGACGAGAUACCAGUCCCCGUCGCCGCCGUCCCCCCUCCGACUCGCCAGCCCCCCCGCGGCCGCCGAUUCUUGGUCGCCUUCUUGAAGCUCGCGCUCCUUACAUCACUCUGGAUAUGUGCGCGGCGUUGGACGCAGACCGGGGUUGAGCAGGAGCUGGAGGCACACGAGGGGAGGUGGAUCUCCCGCGCAUUCGGUGGGGAAGCUUGGACGUGGUCUCCUCGUAAGGUGUUGCGCGGGAAGAAGGCUGAGAAGUUAUUCCUGUCCGUUCCCAACCCCGCGAGCGCGAUCGCAGCGUCUCGCCAGUAUGCGACGAAGCCGCACUUGGCGGGUACAGACGGUGACUUCGAAACCGCAAAGAACUUCUUGCGUCUCCUUCAGACGGAGCUCGGCGCAGGGACGCCGGGCUCAAUCCCCUUAUUCUCUGCUGGGACGCCAGAAUCGCGCAACGCUACCCUCGGCAUCCCGCAACUGACAAAGCCAACAGCAUGGAUCGACACGUACUACCCGGUCAUGAAUACGCCGCUUGAUCACAGCGUGGAGAUCCUCGACGACAACGGCAACGUCGUCUGGAAAGCCGAGCUUGAAGAGGUUGCGGAUGAGACCGAUCCCGAGGCGGGCAAGUACUUCGACGCAGUCACCACCUGGCACGGACUCAGCCGCGGAGGAUCCGCCAGGGGAAAGCUCGUGUAUGCGAACUACGGGAAGAAGGAGGACUUCGACGCGUUGGUUGAGCAAGGUGUCGACCUGAACGGCUCCAUUGUCAUUACUCGUUAUGGAGGCAUAUUCCGCGGGCUGAAGGUCAAAGGCGCUCAGGAGCAUGGCGCUGCUGCCUGCCUUAUCUACUCAGACCCGCGCGACGACGGUACCGUGACUGUAGAGAACGGCUACGCUCCAUACCCGCAUGGUCCUGCGAGGAACCCCAAUUCGGUCCAAAGGGGUAGCACGCAGUUCCUGUCAAUAUAUCCAGGAGACCCAACGACUCCGGGCUACCCAUCGUAUGAGAACAGCACUCGCACGAAUGGCACCAAUAUCCCUUCUAUCCCCAGUCUGCCCAUCUCCUGGGCUAACGCUCAGGUUCUUCUCAAAGAGAUCCAGGACAGUGGUCAGAACCGUACCAUUUCCCUCGUCAACAACGUGGACGACAAAGUCAUCCCUAUUUGGAAUGUGCUUGGUGUCAUCCCCGGGCACAUCAAGGACGAAGUUGUUGUGAUUGGUAACCACCGUGAUGCUUGGGUCUUAGGCGCAGUUGAUCCUUCUUCAGGCACCUCUUCCGUGCACGAGGUCAUCCGUGGUCUUGGAGCUCUCCUCCGGCACGGAUGGACGCCCCUGCGCACUAUUGUUAUCGCAAGCUGGGAUGCCGAGGAGUACGGUCUGAUCGGCAGCACUGAGUGGGGCGAGGACUUCGAGGACUGGAUUGACGAGCACGUCGUCGCCUAUUUGAACCUCGACGGCUCCGUUUCUGGGUCGCGCUUCAAUGUCCAGGCUACGCCCUCCCUCGCUCACUUCUUGCGCGCAGCCGCCGAGGAGAUCCCGCAUCCAACACAGCCUGGCAAGACGCUAUGGGAUGCUACAAAGGAUCGUGGCGUGCUGACUGGCGACCACAUCGACGCUGAAGUCCUUGCGAUGCAUUCAGAGGCUGAAGCGGAGCUUGCGGCUUCCAGCACUGGCGUUGGCGUGCUUGGUUCCGGAAGCGACUAUACCGUCUUUGUGCAGCGUACUGGGGUGGCUUCCGCCGGAGGCGGCUUCGGCUCGACUCUGCAAGACCCGGUCUACCACUACCAUUCGAUCUUCGACUCCGAGAGGUGGAUUGAAUUGUACGGCGACCCCGGCUUCUUCCGGCAUGUUGCUGUUGCAAAGUACCUCGGACUGCAGACCAUCCGUCUCGCAGACUCUAUCGUACUACCCCUCAACACGACUUACCACGCCUUCGAACUCGAGAAGUACCUCGAAAAGGUGGAAGAGCUCGCCUCGACAACCUCUCUUGACGUCGACUUUUCCGAUCUCCGCAAUGCGAUCCAGUCCCUCCAGAAGGCCAGCCUCAAGCUUGACCACGAAAAGGUUGAGGCGGAGCACAAGCUCAGGAAGCUCCUUCGCAAGUUCGCCCGCCGCCACCUCUUCCGUCGCACGUUCCGCCGCGCGCUUUGCAAGCUCAAGCGGUUCCUCGGCAAGGACUGCGCACCCUUCCGCAAGGAUGCUUCUCCUGUCGCCAGCCCCGCGAUCCCUACCGUUGACAAGGCAUUCGAGUGCUCGGGCAUGAAGUCCGGAAAGGGAAACAAGAACGGGCUGCUGCCUUUCAAGCCCCGCGUUGGUCAUGCACCCGCCGUGGCGCAAGAGCAGCGCGAGCAGGCGAUGGGCGAGGAGCUGUAUGCGUUGGACAAGAAGCGGUUCCCGAGCAAGAAGUUCAAGAAGGCGGUGAAGCGCGUUCGCGAGGUCAACAAGAAGCUGAAGCUCUUCGAGCGCGGCUUCAUCGAUGAGGAGGGUAUCAAGGACCGGGAAUGGUACCGCAACCUGGACGUAGCCCCCGGCAAGUGGCUUGGUUACGGCGCUACGACGUUCCCGGCGUUGACCGAGGCAAUCACCAUCGAUAAGAACCACACGUUGGCCGUGUAUGAGGCAAAGAGGUUGCAGAAACUCGUUGAGAAGCUCACGCACGUCAUAAAGGUCUAAAGGGACUGUUUCUGUAUUACCAUGUUCUUCACUAUGUAUUUGAGAUGGUCUACAGCUACAGGAUGGAGCGUACGGAACAUUGGACGGAUGGAUGAAUCAGAACAGACACGCGACUGUAGGUAUGAACAAAACGUUGGACACCAAUCACAUAACGACAAAGCCAACAGUAUUGCGGCCUCGUAUGGGCGUAGGUAUCGCGGCGGAGUGGGUACGUGGACCAGCCACGUACACAAGACGGUCACCUGGGCUGUCACUCAGGCGAAUCGCGAGCCCUUGCGUCCCGAAGGUUGGCGAGGGCGAUCAACACUAGCGAUGGGAGAAACAUGAGAACUCGAUACGGGGGCAUCUUGUCGCCUCUCGGUGCAGUCAAAGCGGACCUUGUAGGCUCCAGGGACAAACAUCGAGGGGCUGUCCGCGCCAUGGGCAUGGGAGCUCCCAGACUCUACCUGAAGGGUCCUGCUAAAGGAAUGGCUCUGCGGCGGGGCAGGCUGCGGGGGAGGAGUAGAAAAGAAGGCUGAGCCAGAGUAUCGCGCUGCACUGGAUUGAGUGAAGACAGGUGCACCAGGUGGAGUAUUGGGUUCGAAGGGUCCGGCCAUCCGAGGUCUUGCAGGUUCUUUGCCGAAAUCUCGAGCGUUCACCCUAUUCAACGGGGGACAUCGUGGCCCCGGCUCUGCAAAGAACCGCUGUGGCUGGGAAGGCCUACCGAACGACCGAUUUUGGCUCGAAUACGGGACAAAUCGCGUCGAGGUCUUGUACUCGAAGCGUCGGGGAGCAGGUCCGGCGUGAUACAAAAUAUUCGGUUCAUCAGAGGCCCCCUGCGUGCUCUUUUCUUGACAAGAGCUGCGCUGUGCCGGGGUCUUCUGAGCUUCUUUCUCCGCGAUCGCGACAUCGUCGACUUGCUUCGAGCCCAUUGACGAAGGCUUCAAUGUCAUGGAGAGGUUGCUAGUAGCGACAGUCUCAUCAUCCUGGAUACCGCAGCUGCGAAGCAUAUCGCGCAAGCGGUCUAUGUCCGCAUCCACGGCGAAGGUGAGGGGCUUUCUGACAGAGUUCGCACUAGGCGAAGACCGACUCUCUGCCGUAGGUCCCUCUGACUCGGUCUCCGAUACACUUAGGCGGCGUACUCGAGUCGGCGGACUCCAAGUAGGCGCGCGAGGAUUCAAGACACUUGUAGAGGACCUCGAAUGGCGGCCCCACUGACUCAUCGGCUCCGCAGGAAAUGGUCUCGAGGUAGUCUGCAGUCCCUUUUCGGGCAUGAGGGUAGUCGUUGGAAUCUUGACCGCGCGGGGUGUCUGCUCCAUCCAUGAGUUGACGCGAGUCAGCCAUUGCUGUGGGCCAUCCCUUGAACCAGUCGCCGCGCAUGAAGUAGCUGGCAGAGUAUCGGCGCAGAUGGAUUGCUCUGUCCCGGAGACGGCAGCCGAGACUGAAGUGCCCCUGCGACCUUUACCGCGACCCCGCGAUCUGGCUUGUCGGCCAGCCUUGGGCGCCACGGCCCAGUUGGGACGGUCAGG